AUGCUGAAGCCUCCUCUCAGCCUCUUCUCGCACUCUCAGCAGCCGUUCCCGCACCUCGACCCUCUUCCUCCUCUGGGACCUCCACCCAUGGGCCCCACACCCGGCCUCUGCCCUGGGCCCCCUCCUAACCUGGGCCCCCCGCUGGGCCCAGCCCCUGCCAUGGGCUCUCCGCUGACCUCAGCUCCUGCCCUGGGCCCCCCCGUCAGUCUGUGUCCUCCGCCUGGCCACGCCCUGGUGCCUCCCCCUCUGGCCCCCAACUCACAGAUGCCACCGCCACUGCACUUACCGCCACACUUCCCUCCCACCCCCUGCCGGGAGCCCACCCCAAGCUUGCCCAACGUGCCCCCCGGUCUGGCGCCCACUCCGGUCUCCGCACAGGCCGCGCCGGAGGCAGAGCAGCCCCACGGCGAGAGCUCGUCCAUGGGGAGCGAGGAGCAGGACGACACCCUGGGGCUGGAUGAACUCUGCAAACCACUUUACUGCAAACUCUGCAACGUGACCCUCAACUCCACACAACAGGCCCAGGCCCACUACCAGGGUAAAAACCACAGUAAGAAGUUAAGGAACUUCUACGCUGGCAGAGAGCAGCCUCCUGCCAUCAGGAUCACAGACUCCGACACCAGCGCUCAAAGCAACACUGGCGAAGGAGACACAACACGACAGUUGGUCUUCAAAGGUGCGGCCCGUGUGAUCCUGGCCACAGAGAACGAUUACUGUAAACUGUGCGACGCCUCGUUCAGCUCAGUGGCCGUGGCUCAGGCACAUUACCAGGGGAAGAACCACGCCAAAAGACUGAGGCUGCAGGAGGCACACAACAACAGUGAAAGCAGCAGUGAGGUGAUGCCAAAGAGGAGCCGGAAGGAGGACUACCGCCUGCUGAAACACCGCCCCCAGCUCCCCUCACCCCUGACAGGUACCACCGCCCCCAGCUCCCCUCACCCCUGA